AUGGCACCCGUUGGAUUGCCUCCUGGUUUUAGAUUCCAUCCGACGGACGAGGAGCUUGUGAAUUACUAUCUCAAGAGGAAGAUCAAUGGCCAAGAAAUUGAGCUUGAUAUUAUCCCUGAAAUUGAUCUCUACAAAUGUGAGCCAUGGGAGUUGGCAGAGAAAUCAUUCUUCCCAAGCAGAGAUCCGGAGUGGUACUUCUUCGGACCCCGGGACCGGAAGUACCCUAAUGGAUUUAGGACUAAUAGGGCAACUCGAGCCGGAUACUGGAAGUCUACGGGAAAAGACAGGAAGGUUUCGAGCCAGAAUCGAGCCAUCGGAAUGAAGAAGACAUUGGUUUAUUACAGAGGCCGAGCUCCUCAAGGGAUUAGGACUGAUUGGGUUAUGCAUGAAUAUCGUCUUGACGACAAGGAGUGUGAGGACACCUCUGGUAUUCAGCAGCGCUUUGAUGGCAUCCUCGUUGAUCGAGAGUUCUCCGAUCAUACCAAACGAUUAUUACGAGACCAUGUCACCGGAUGUUCCGGUCGCCUCGUCGUCGUGCAUGGAGGAGGAAGACAAAGAUGA